UUGGGCGUGGAGGGAGGGGCCAGGAAGCGGCGAGCGCGCCGGGGAGCGCAGCUGCGGGCGUGGGGGCGACAGGAGCCGCGGAGCCGGCGCCGAGAGCGGCUGCGGCCGGAGUGAGCGGCCGAGACAAAGGCGACGAUAGGGCCAGUUGUGAGUGUGGAUUUUUGAGUAAAACUUUGAACCCAAAUGAGAAGAAACCUGCAAGGAACAGCUUCUACUGAACAGUGAGUCUGCAGUCAUCUGUAUGCCUAAUAUGGAAUGUUCUCAACCCAGAGAUAGCUCAGUUGACAAGGAGUGACCACCUGUUACAGACCCUGAAUCAAGACGAGUUUUAUACCUUUCCUGGUGGUUCACUGUAGAAACAGAAGCAAAGAAAGGAAACAAUCUGAUCUUUUCUUUAUUAGAUUGACUAUAUAAGAUCUCUCCAGGAGCAAUAACACAGAGAAGUAAUAAAAUUAUUACUUUGGCAUCACUGGACAUUCAUCACAUUGACAAGCGUGCUUUGUGAAGCUUCUGAGUUGUGAUUUGGAAACUUCAUUGGUGCUCAUUUGUAACUUGGACUAUAAGCAUGAGUGAAUUCUGGUUAUGUUUCAACUGCUGUAUUGCCGAACAGCCUCAGCCUAAAAGGCGCCGGCGGAUUGACCGAAGUAUGAUUGGAGAGCCCACAAACUUUGUGCACACGGCUCACGUCGGGUCAGGAGACCUAUUCAGCGGAAUGAAUUCGGUCAGCUCCAUCCAGAACCAGAUGCAGUCUAAAGGAGGCUACGGGGGCGGCAUGGCUGCCAAUGUGCAGAUGCAGCUUGUGGACACGAAGGCAGGAUAGCCCCGGAUCCUCCUCCGGUCAUUGUGAAUUUCUGUGUUGUUUCCACUGUUGUUUAAUUUUUUUUUUUGUCGUGAUUGCUUUUCUUUCCUCUUCAAUUACAAAAAAGAACUGUGUGCUGGCACCCUGUUCACCCUGCUGUGAUUACUCCAGUGACAAGUUACUGUUCUGCUCUGAAGAAACUGUUGUCAGAAGAAUCCUGCUUUUCCUUCAGCUGGCGUGCAUGCCUUUGGACUCAUGGACAGAGUUCUUUGGAUUGUGGCUUAAUUAUUAAUUUUUAUCAAUAUGGAUCUGAUUUUAGCAUGAUCUUUUUUGUGAAUGCUACUAGCACUGUUUUGCAUUUUCUCCCCAUUUUUAACGUUUCUCUUUCCACCGCCACCCCCUCUGCCUUAUGAUUUCGUUGGUAAGCAAAGACGUGCUAUUACAUGUUCAUUUGUCACCGUUUAUGUAUAUUUUGGAAGGUAUAAGCACAGUGAUCACUGCUCUUCAUUUGAAACUCCAGCAGAGUAAAUAUCUGCAUGCUUUAUGAAGUUGCUUGUGUGGGAACCCGUGGGAUGCUGGAAAGGAACGAACUUUCAUGGGUUGUUGAUACUGCUUGGCUCCCAUGGGUUGUUGAUACUGCUGCUAUUAGAGAGAGGCGGGCUGUGGCACCAAGUCACAUCAGUUUCACAAAAAAGGCAACUUGUAGCUUAUUUUAGAAGUGUGAUUUUUAUUCAGUUAGAAUUACAGUAACAGAAAAGCUUGCAUUCAUAAGGCAUUCAUUCUGUUGUAAAUGUUCAAUGUAUUUAUUUGAGAGUGAGGACCUGGGAUUGUGAACAGGUGUGUGGUUGUGUAUCUGAGUGUGUGUAAUACCCUCAUCCGAUCGGACUCUGAGCAUCACGGUCUUAGAAGUGGCUCAUUUCUUGGUGUACUCAUUUCGUUUUCACUUGUUUAUGUUUAGUAUUAUGGUAUCCAGUUGUUUCCAGUAGCAGUUUGUUGAACUUCUGGCCUGGACUCCAAACUGUGGACUCCAGAGUCAUUGGGCCUCUUCGUAAUGGAAGUUGCCAAGAGCUACAGUUGACCUGGCUGUGUUGUUGCCUAUUCGGUGACUUCAGGUGUUGGUGAGAAACCUUUGGCUCAGGUUCCAAAAUGAUUAUUUCACCAAUUGUCCUUCUGUAGAUGCUUUUCCUUCCACAUGAGGGUGUAGUGCUAAGCCAGUUAGUAGUAUGUUUUUUCAUGAAAACGGUAAAUCCUAUGUCCAUUUCAGCCCUAACAGUUAUAUCUGGUCAGACUCGUACUUCAUGCAGGACCUGGGCCUCAUGGAAAACUGACCUAGAAAGCUGUAAUUAGGUAGUUGCAUAAAGAGGGAUCAUUUUCUCUUCUUCAAUCCCUUUCUCUUCACCUUAGGAGUUCUUGUUUAAGAGAUAACUGAAUAAAUAUUAGGUUUAUAUAGGCAAAAUAUGAAAGCACCCCCCCCCCCCCAGUUCUUUGGAAUUUACCUGUACCGGGGGGACUAGAUUACUCCGUCCUUAUUUCUGCAGGUCUUCAUAGUGUCAAUCCCCAGCAGAAUCUGUCAGGGACAAACGUGUAUGCUUAGUAAUCAAAGUAGGCAUUGUGCAGUUAAUAACUUUGAAACUUGAAUUCAUCUGAUGUCAUUACUUCACUGUGUGGCUACUGCAUUCGGGGAUAUCCCCGCGUGCCACUCUGCCCAAACAGAGUCAGGGGCCUGCCAGGGACACUGCUGUGUGAAAGUCCGUGGGUUCUGUUGUUUUUGAUUUUUUUUGUCUUUUUAAGGCUGCACCCAUGGCUUAUGGAUGUUUCCAAACUAAGGCUUGAAUUGCAUCUGCAGCCACCAGCCCAUGCAAUGUGGGAUCCAAGCCUCACCUGUGACCUCCACCACAGCUCAUGGCAAGGCUGGCUCCUUAACCCACUGAGUGAGGCCAGGGGUCAGACCUGUGUCCUCACUGACCCUGGUUGGGUUCGUUGCCGCUGAGCCACAACAGGCAGUCCCAUUCUGCAAGUUCUUUAAGGGACAGGUUUUUUUGGCAUUGUCAGUGCUGAUGUUGUGUAGUCUGGUUUGAUUCUAUACUUGUUAACUCCUAGAACGAUACAGGGAGCCACGGUCCCUUUUCCCCAACUCACGAUGUGAUUUUGUUUUUUUCCAAUCGCUCGCUUUUCUGAUUCUCCAAGGACCAAAUAUCCCAGUGAGCACUGGAGCCUAUCUCUGGUGAGCCAAAGGCUGCACUCUUUAGCCUCUAACUGUUCUGCAGCCACCACUGACUUCACAGGUGCAAGUAGCCACACUGUAGGCAAGACCAUAUGCCAAGGAAGGUGCCAAUAGUGAUUCAAAAAAUAAGAUGACGACCAACCGUUAAUUCUAAGAUAGUAACCCUAGAGACAGAUUCUUAGGGAGUCUUCAUCCCCACAUUGAUAGGUGUGGGUUUUUAAAUCUCAGGAGGCCGUUUGCUUCCCAUAACAAACAAUGUGUCUCAUUUUGAAAAUUGAAGCUAAUACAGGAUUGACUGUUAAUACUUUGCUGAAAUACAUGCUCACAACUGCUAACCAAUGACAUGCGUUCUGUCCUUUGCCCGAGGUGCUUUCCCUGAGUUAGGCGUGGAGUGGUGCCGCUGAGCGUAGAGCGGGAAUGGGAACCACGAUGACUGGGUUCAGCAUUUCCAGUGCAGCAGCAUCUAGCAGUGGGGCCUUGAAAGAUGUAGGAGCUUUCACUUUGGUUAUUAAAUUAUAGCAGUUUUAUUAUAGAGCGCAAGUUAGCCUUGAUUUUGUUUAAAAUGACUUCUGCUCAGCACCCAGGAGAUAAAAUUGACAUAUUUUUAUAAUAUAAGCAUACUUUUUUUGUACAUUGUGUUCAUUCUUAAAUAAAGUGAGUUCAGUGUUGGCUUGUAGAUAAUAAAGAAAGUAUUGAUUUUGAUUCAAUAAAUGUUUUUCAAUCCUG